AUGCAUAGAUGCAACAGCUCUCGUAGUAGUAAUACUACCAUGGCUCAAUGUUCAUGUGGGCUUUUCCAUACUCAAGAGAAUUGCUUCUCAUACACCAUACCAUCACCUUCAUCUUCUGUCGAUUGCACUCUUUCUUUGGGUACUCCAUCUACUCGUCAAACCAAAGACAAGUCCAUGGCCAAUCAUAGACGUUCUGGCUCAUACAUGUCUAAUCUAUGUUGGGAUAUUUUCCAGACCAAAAAGUCUCACUCAUCAACAUCAACCAGCCACAAGAACAGCCAUUCAAGCAGUGGCAAUAGUGGAAGUAUACUCAACAACUUGAAUGGAGAUCCUCUCUUUGCUCGAAGAUGUGCUAACUGCGAUACUACUUCUACUCCUCUAUGGAGAAACGGACCCAGAGGUCCCAAGUCGCUAUGCAAUGCAUGUGGAAUCCGUUACAAGAAAGAAGAGAGGAGAGCAACCACAACAGCCACCAACACCGGCGGGGCGGGGAUGAUGGAGUCGCAAUAUUAUGGUCAACACCACCCUCACCAGUCGUGGGGUCACGGCCAGAAGAUGGAUUCCAUGUCACCGGCUACAAUGGGGAAUGAAUUCAGGUUUAUCGAAGAUGAAGAUCAAGAUUCAAGUACCACCGGCAUUCCUUUCCUCUCUUGGCGUCUUAACAACAGGCCUAGCCUCGUUCAUGAUUGGAAUUAA